CUGACAGCAAACGUAUAAUUUUUAGGUUCUGCGUAGGGUUAUGUGAUGUCUGUGUACCAAAUAUUUUUAUAUCGUCUAAAAAUUAUAGGUUUUUUCAGUACUGCUACUUUGCGAUUGUGUAAAAAAUAAGCUCGGUGUGAAAGAGAAAGGACAAUGAGGCUAUAACACGUGUAUUAUUGUAUCAUAUCUACAGUAUCAGUAUUUUUCAUCUGAACCAAAAUAAGUUUGAACAAAAAUGAUGGAGGUUCCUGAGCAUGGUUAUGCUUUCAAUGACAAUUCUAUGGAAGUAGACCCACUGGCACUAGUAGAUACAGCAAUAAAAACGGAAAUUAAAGAAGAUCCUGACCAGCUCCCAGAAAAUACUGUACAACAUGAACUUUUACAGCAUGGGGAGCAAAGUGAAGACUACCAUGGGAUUAAAGUUGAAGAAAUGGAUGAGUCUCAUUUUCAUAUUGCCAGUAACUCUGAUUUACCCAGUAUACAUGAUGUAGGAUCUGCACAGUUAGAUGCUUCUGACAAUUCUGUAGUAUCUUCAUCAGUUGUUAGAGGAUUGCAAAAUGAUUAUCAGGAUGUUAAAAAUAAGUAUACUCAUUCAAUACUAACGUUGAGGAGACAGUCGGAUGUUUUGACACAGACACAUGCAGAGAUGCAGAUGGAGAUUGUAGCAUUGAAAGCAGACAAGGCUAAUCUUUGGAAUGAUUUGGCAGCAGCAACAGCUAAGGAAUGUACAUAUCUUAGACAGAUUGAGGAACUUAAGAAAAAACAUGACCAGAAAAUGAAAACACUUAAAAACAACUAUGAAAGGUUACUGCUUGAACAAAAUGGACAUGUAGAAGAAACAAUAUGGAGAACAGCAACAGUUUUGGGACACAAGGUCGAGCAAUUGGCAGCUUCCAACAAAAAUUACUUAGGGAUUAUAGAAGCUUUGAAGGAUAAAUUAAAAUUACAAGAGCAAUAUAAAUUAGCAGUUGAAAUAAAGAAAACUUCCCUCAAUCAUAAAGUUAACACACUGCUCGAAAAUAUUAACGAUCUACAUAUCAAGCUUUUGAAAGAAAGGAAAUCUGCCGGGAAUUAUUUGCUCCUCUACAAACAAAUGGCGGCUGAAAAUACUGCACUCAGGAAUCAAAUACAAGAAAAAAAUUCAGUUCUAAUAGUGCUCAGAGAUCAGAUUCACAGUAGUAAAGUGGAACUAGACAAACAAAAGCAAUCAUUUAAAAACCAAACCGUGGCUGGGAAAAAUGCAGAAGUGAAAGCGCUGACGCUGCAAAAUGAUCUGAGGAUGAAAAUAACCCUAUUGGACCAGCUGAGAGCUCAGAAGCAUAGAAUUAUAAAGAAAAAUAAAGCACUGAUCAAUGAAUGUAUAACGUUGACUGAGAAACUGCAGGGUACUAACGUGGAGCUGAAGCAGUUAAAAACUGAAUUCGAUCAGUUAAAGACUGAGAUGGAGCAGCAGAAAAAUAAGACUUGUGAAUAUUGUGGACUUUAAAGUUUGUUUUGAAUAUAAGUUGAUUUAUGAUAAUAUGCACAUUUGUUUCAAGCGGAGUUAAGCUUUUGUGUAGAAUAACAAUUAAAUGUAUUGAGAUUUUUUAUAAAAGCUAUUUAGGUUUGUUUAAAUCGCAUUCUUUUGAAACAUUUGUAAUUAAGUUUGGACCGUGUAAACAUUACACAGUAUGGAGGUUGAGAGCAAUGCAUUAACCGCCCAAAAUUAGCGCCCCAGUGCUUUGGAAGUUCCUAAUGACAUUAUUUUUGAACUUCCGAAUAUAUCGCAUUUUAUCUAAAUGGAUUUGUUAAUAAGCAUAACUGCAGGUAUUGGAGCAAUGGAAAUCCUCAUGCUUUUGUAGAAGGGUAUACCCAGUGCCAUCAAAAAAUUAAUGUUUGGGCAGGCAUUUUAGGAAACAGAGUGAUUGGGCCGUUGUUUAUUGAAAACCAAAUCGAAGACGAUGGAAACCCUAUACUUGAUGAGGCUGAAAUAUAUUUCCAGCAAGACGGCGCUCCUCCUAUAGAAUGGCCUGCUAUAUCUCCUGAUUUGACGCCAUUAGACUUUUUUCUAUGGGGUCAUUUAAAAUCUAUUGUGUUUACUCUCCAACCUGAAAGUUUGGAUCAACUUCGUCAACGCAUCAUCGAAAGCUGCCAUGAUAUCCCACAUGUUUUUGAAAAUGUCCGUUAGGAAUUUGAAUAUCGCAUAUAUCAUUGUUUGACCAAUAACGGACAACAUUUUGAACACUUA